UAUUGAAUGUUAAGCCAAUUGAUUCGCGACCAUUCUGGUUAAGUAGCGCAGUAUUUCUAUAUUUAAAAAGAAAGAAGAAGAAGAAGCAAACGAAGAACGAAAAAAAUACGUUGAACAAAACAAAAAAAGAUUGGCAUUCAAUUAUUUGCAAAGUUGUUUAAAUACAAGUCCAAAAAAAGAAAAGAAAAAUAAAAUAUUUGAAAAAAAAAUAAAAAAUAAAUACCAGCGGAAAUUUAAAGAAUUCAUAAAUCAGCUGUUGCUCUAAUCAAUUGUUUUGUAUAACAAAAAAAAAAAACAAAAAAACAAAUAGAAAAAGAGAUUCCCCUAUAAAUUUGAAAACUUCCAACGCCACAGCACGGAUUUGCCGGACAAGUCUUUAUGAAAGCUAACCAUCAUCGCCACCAACCCUGACGAGCAUGAAAGCCGUUUAUUAUUUGAACAUUUUGUUGUUACUUCUCUGUUGGAGUUUCAACCUGGUAUUGGCCGGAACUAUAAGCCGAUACGCCGAUAGCGUCUACAAGAGAUAUUUAAUGUCCCGCUCAUUGCCCUUUGAAGAUUGUGGUUCCCGUUAUUUGAUAUUGUAUUUAAGCAUAUCCAGCUGCAAUACAAUACCAUGUGUCAUGUAUCGUGGAUCCACGGUGCAGGUGAAUGUUCUAUUCGAUGACGAUGGAACCAACACCACAUAUCUGAAACAUGAAGUCCAUUGGAUAUUUAAUGCCAUUAAAACCUACGCCAACAUCAGCCCUGACCCUUGCGAUGGAGAUCAUGAAUGCAUUUCCAAUGAAACGGAUGGCAAGACGUAUUAUGCCGUUGUCCAUGUCAACAAUACCCUACCGAUGGUCCGCGGUACCAUGAUGUGGCAGGCUGUCAAUGAAUACAAUCAGGAUGUCAUCUGUUUCAAAGUCCCCGUUUACAUAGAGUUGCCGCAAUAAAAGAGAAAAAAAAAAAACUGUUUAAGCAUAUCAAAAUAAAAUGGUUAUUUUUUCAG